AAUUACAUCCGAUUUAGAUGAACUUUUCAGUGUUAUAUGCUUGUUGGAUUUUUCUUUUUUUAUUCAAAUCAACUUUUUGUUGGGGUGGACUUGUUCUCCUAGUUGAAAGGGAUAAGACCUAACAAUGUUCCAUAUAUAUACACGAGCUGGUGUAAUUCAGAAGAAAACAGUGUGGUUUGCUGAAGAUGGUCGACUCACUUUGCAACUCUGCGAGAGAGAGGUCCCAGAUGGUCCAGCCCCAUCCCCCACCCCUGACCCUCAUCGCUGCUGUGCCCCGCCCCACCAAGAGGUCAAGUAUAGGUUCACCUUUGUCAGCACAUGGACGCCACAGACUCAUCCAAAUCAAUACCCUACUGGUAACGGCAAUCACUGGUCCGACUUGAUUGGUGCCUCUCACAGUUCAGACUACACUAUAUGGGAUUAUGGUCAAUAUGCUUCCAGAGGUAUUAAGAUGGUUGCUGAGUGGGGCAGUCCUUACGCGCUAGAGAGAGAGAUCAAACAGCAGGGAGACGAUGUCAAGACCGUAAUAUUCAGCCGUGGUCUCUUCCCUGCCUACGGUCCUAGACUCCGUAACAUGACGUCGUACUUCAAGACCGAUUCCCAACGCAACCUCGUGUCUGCCGUGUCCAUGAUGGGUCCCAGUCCAGACUGGUGUGUCGGCAUCUCAAAGGAAAACCUGUGUACAGAGGAUUGUGGAUGGGUCGAGAGAAAGGUUUUCCAUCUGCAACCCUGGGAUGCAGGCACAGACAGUGGCAUCAUGUACAAUUCCAGGAAUUCCCCUAUGGAUCCACCCGAUCCCAUCCGUAUUAUCACAAGCUCCGAUCCAAACAACACAAGGGCGCCCUUCUUUCACCCCAAUGGAGAUCCCAUCCCUCCUCUUGCAACAGUCGUCCUUGAAAGAAUAUCAGUUCGUAACCAUAGCAACACAGAAACUGAUGAUACCACUGGUUCACAAGGUGGUGCACAUGGAGGCAUGCCGCCCAAGAAGCCAAUGAUGGGUGGCAAUCCCACAAUGCCGCCUAAGGUCAUGGGAGGUCAUGACCCCACGAUGCCACCAAAGGUCAUGGGAGGUCAUGACCCCACGAUGCCUCCAAAGGUCAUGGGACUGUCUGUUCCAACAAUGCCUCCCAAGGUCAUGGGAAGUCAUGACCCAACAAUGCCUCCAAAGGUCAUGGGAGGUCAUGACCCAACAAUGCCUCCAAAGGUCAUGGGAGGUCAUGAACCCACAAUGCCAUCAAAGGUCAUGGUUCAAGAACCUACAAUGCCUCCAAAGCACAUUGGAGUCACCAUGCCACCGAAGACCAUUGAGAUUAUCCCUGAAGGUACUAAUAUAGAGGUUAUGCCCCCUAACAGAAGAGGUAAGGUGGUAGACUGUAUGAUGUCAGCGUGGGGCGAGUGGUCCGAGUGUUCCAAGAGUUGUGGGAAGGGCAAGAUGCUACGUCAGAGGAUGAUCAAACAAAGACCUCGCAAUGGCGGACAGGAAUGCGGACCAACGAGGGAGAGGCAGUCCUGCAACGUUGCAAGAUGCGUUUCAAAAUCACGCGACUGCCGUAUGAGCGAGUGGGGGCCGUGGUCCGAAUGUUCGGUUUCCUGCGGGAUGGGCGUCGAGUUUCGCAUGAGAGAUGUCGUGAGGAGAGCGAGGGGUGAUGGCGCCCCCUGUGACCCGCUCAAGGAGAUGCGUGCCUGCUCGGCUCUUCCCUGCUGAUGCCUUCUACCAGUAUUUUUUUAUAAUCAGAGACUUUUUCACACAAAACAUAUUUAAACAGUAAAUAAUAACCUUUCUUUUCUGUAGCACCAUUGUAUGGAGUUGCAUACAGAGUAAAAAUAUUUUUAAAAUUACAGUGAGAAUUCGCUCUGAAUUACUUGUAAAUCUGACGGCAAUGUAUGAUACUUUACAUUUAAAAUACAUUACAUUUGUAAUUCAUCUUGUAGCAGGGCAAUUAUGGGAUAUUGUUUGCAAGGGGGCCGUUUUUCCUGCUUAUGAUCUUAUGGAAUUUUCUGCUUUCUUGUAAAUCGUUUUAUUACCAAGGUUGAUUUCAGUUAAAAUCUUCAAGCCUACUUUUUUUCAUCCUGUUCAUCAAGUUCUUUAAUCCAGUAUGAAAAACAGAUUGAAUUGAGUGUGACUAACUUUUGUUCUGAUUGCUAAAAUGUGUCUACUUGUAGCAGAAAAACAACACAAUAGUUUUUUGUACACUUGUGGUUUUAAAACUUGUGAGGGAGCACAAAACUUCACUGCAUGGUUUAAGACAUUGAGUUUUGUUGAAUUUCUUGCCGUUAAGUUUAAUAUUGUGUAUUUACUAUUAAAUUUUGGCAAUAUUAAUAAUCAGAUAUUGAAUUAAAAAUCCCCAUAGCCUUAGGACCAGGACCACCUGGUUCCGAAAAGAAAUGUUUUAACCACUUGUUUGAGAUUUUUUUUUCUUUUUUUGAGAAUUCAACUCCACCAUACCCAACAGACCAAGUGUGUAUUGUAAAAAAUGUAUUAUACAAUUUUUGAUCAACUCGGUCUUUGUACAAUGUAUCUAUGUUUAUAAACUCUAUUUUUAAAUCACGUUUUAUGCACUUCUAUACUCUGUACAUUGUAGUUGAUGAAAUGUAAAUCUCUCUUUUUAUGAAAUCACAUGUGAUUAUUUUAACAUUGAUUGCCAUAUCCCUUCUGAAGAAACAGAAAAGUGUUCUGGAAUUGACUGAACAGGUCUGUGUAUUAAACUGUUUAUAUUAUAAGAGUGUGAUCUUAUUAUAGUUCAAAAUAUUUUUAAUUCGCCUUUCAAGGACAGUGUCCAUAUACUGGGGGUAUUAAAAUAAGCAAACCAAUUUUCCUAUUCUUUUAUGAAAAAUAACUAAAAGAAGUAAUGAUAAAACUUGUAUCACUUAAUAAUUUUUGCAUAAGAACUUCAGAGCUGAAUCGAAAUUCAGAUCAUAAUAACCAAGGAUAAUAACCCAGUUGAGGUCUCCUGACAAUCAAAAUAUUGACUUUGGGUCAGAAGGUCUGAGGUUCUAAUCCCACUAUGUUAUUUAUGUGUAUAUUAUUUGGUAAGACAUAUAUGUACAUUUGCCACUCUCCACCCAAAUGCGACAUGUACUGGUAGGAAGAAAAGCCUUGUAUUAUGUAAGUUUUGUGAAGGGUAGGCAAGUUUAGCUGGUGAGCGUUUCUUAAAAGUAAAAGAAAAUAUUUUUGCGUGCUAUUUUUUGCGGGGGUUAUUUAUUCACUUUGAAAUUCCAACCAAUUGAAGAAAAAAAAUUAAAUCAUGUUAUUUCAUACAAACACUUAAGAGAGGCUUAUAUAUAACUUUUGAAAUGUGAAGUUUUGUUGCCCUAUUAGUAUAGGGCAUCUUCCCUACUAUUUAAUCUUGUCUCCAUUAUGGGACAAGUGGGGGAAAAUGUAGGGCAAACACACCAGGUCCGCGUAACACAAAGAUUAGUGUUUGAUCCCUAAUAUGAAAGAACAAUUCUGAUUGGUUCCUAGUCAGUCUACUAAGCAAACUGCAUGCACUGAUGAUCUUAAUUGGUCAUUUCAUUUAGCGAUUAAUAGCUAACCUUUGUGUUACGGAGCCCAGGGGCCCGUCUUACAAAGAACAAAUCGUAACUCUAUGGAAAUCCAUCAGUGUCAUAAUUUUUUCUACUGUAUUUGCAAAAUGUCCCUUGUAAACAAAGGAGAUCAUACCAAAUUGUCAAGAAAUCAAUAAAUUGAUGGAUAUACAUUCAUAUCUAGGUUUUUUUUGUAACAUGCAUUUUAUAUGUUGACUUUGCUGGCUUUCCAUAGUUGCGAUUGAUCCGAUCGAUCGCAACUCUUUGUAAGACGGGCACCAGAUGUUUGCUUUCAUUGUAAGUAUGAUUAUAAUUGUAUGUUUGAAUUGGGAUAUCAUAUGUCAUCAUUUUUGCCAUGUACAAAUAAAUGUAAAUGUACUUUCUUGCAUUCUUAAA